UGGUCGCGAAUCGAAAACGCCUCCGGAAUUGUUGCGCCCGUCCCACCUCCAAUGGCGGAUCAUCGCGUCGCGGUAAUCAUCGAGUUGAUUUCCUAUUUUUAUCCUCUCAAGGAUAAAGAAUCUUGCCCCCCACGAAGAACGAGAAAGAAGGGGCUGAAGCAAAGGCCUCCAAGGAUCAGAGCUAUCCCUUUUUGCUCGAGAGUCGGCGAUGAUCGCUUGAGGCAUUCCUCUCGCCUCUCUUUCUUUGUCCCCUUCUUUGAUUGAAUGUAGGUCGAUGCUCUUGGCAAAUUGUUUAGGGCUCUGAGAUAUCUGGUUGCUUCACUCCUCUGUACCUCGAGUUAUUUCUGAGGUAUACCAAGGAAAAAGGUGGGCCCAAAAAGAAAACGAAGCAAACCCUGCGUGAGCGAGAUAGCUGAUAAUUUCUUGAGGUCAAUCAGAAAAAGAAAAAAAAGGUGCAUUCACAGAGGCAAGGAGAAAAAGGAAGCAAUCCUUGUUUGGGUGUGCAAGCUGAUGGUUGCUUGACGUACACUUUCACCUCUCUUUGGUUAAAAGGUCAAUCAGAAGAAGGUGCAAAAAAAGAAAAGGAGAAGCAAUUCCUGCAUAAGCAAUAGAAACGAUGGUUGCUUGAGUACUGCAGUAAUCUGUCUUGUGCUGAAUACCUUAGUUCCACAACGUGGCAACCCACAAAUUUGAGCUGAGGGGGAAGUUUCUAAAACAUGGCAUCACUUGCUGAUAUUGGGAUGUCUGCUGCCCUGAAUAUCCUAUCUGCAUUGAUAUUUCUGAUUGUUUUUGCUGUACUCCGGCUUCAACCAUAUAAUGAUAGAGUAUAUUUUCCUAAGUGGUACCUGAAAGGGAUUAGAAGCAGCCCAACACAUUCAGGAAACUUUAUAAAGAAGUUUGUUAACUUGGACUGCAGAACAUAUUUGAGAUUUUUGAAUUGGAUGCCUGCAGCAUUAAGAAUGCCGGAGCCUGAAUUAAUCGACCAUGCAGGACUGGAUUCUGCCGUGUAUAUCAGGAUCUAUCUACUUGGGUUAAAAAUUUUUGCGCCUAUAGCUGUGCUUGCAUUUGGUGUUUUGGUUCCUGUUAAUUGGACUGGUGGAACACUGGAGAACAGUAAAGAUUUAACAUUCAGUGAUAUCGAUAAGCUCUCUAUAUCUAACAUUCAACCUGGUUCAGAAAGGUUCUGGGUGCAUUUGGCAAUGGCCUAUGUUUUUACACUUUGGACAUAUUGUGUAUUGUACACUGAAUAUAAGAAAAUAGCAUCGAUGAGGUUGCAUUUUUUGGCUUCUGCAAAUAGACGACCAGAUCAAUUUACUGUUCUUGUGAGAAAUGUUCCACCUGAUCCUGAUGAAUCAGUGAGUGAGCAUGUUGGGCAUUUUUUUUCUGUGAAUCAUCACGAUCAUUAUCUCACACACCAGGUUGUAUAUAAUGCUAAUAAGCUCGCAAAAUUGGUUGAGAAAAGAAAAGGCUUAGAAAACUGGUUUAUCUACUACGAAAACAAGUACAAUCGAAAUACUAACAUCAGGCCAACUACAAAGACAGGACUUUUUGGUCUGUUGGGAAAGAGUGUGGAUGCCAUUGACUACUAUAAGGCUGCGAUAGAACAGCUACUGGAAGAAGAAGCAUCAGAACGAGAAAGGAUAAUUAGUGAUCCUAAUGCUAUAAUGCCAGCAGCUUUUGUGUCAUUUAAAACCCGAUGGGGUGCAGCUGUUUGUGCCCAAACACAGCAAUCAAGUAAUCCAACUUUGUGGUUAACAGAUUGGGCUCCUGAGCCCCGUGAUGUCUAUUGGCCCAAUCUUGCUAUCCCCUUUGUUGAGCUUACAAUUCGGAGGUUAAUUAUGGCUGUUGCAAUUUUCUUUCUUACCUUUUUCUUUAUGAUCCCGAUUGCAUUUGUUCAAUCUCUAGCCAAUAUCGAGGGAUUCGAGAAGGUCUUUCCUCUCUUAAGGUCUCUAAUAGAAACGAAUCUAAUUAAGUCAUUCAUACAAGGUUUUCUACCAGGAAUUGCAUUAAAGGUCUUCCUUAUUCUUCUUCCAACAAUACUCAUGACAAUGUCCAAGAUAGAGGGUCACACAUCCUUAUCAACAUUGGACAGGAGAUCUGCUUCUAAGUACUAUCUUUUUCUUCUGGUUAAUGUAUUUCUUGGGAGUGUUAUUACAGGAACAGCAUUUCAACAACUAAAUAGUUUCAUUCACGAAUCUGCUAACACAAUUCCUGUAACUGUUGGGAUGUCUAUUCCAAUGAAAGCAACAUUUUUCAUCACCUAUAUAAUGGUUGAUGGAUGGUCAGGUAUUGCUGCCGAAAUACUUAGACUGAAACCAUUGAUCAUUUUCCAUCUGAAGAAUACAUUUUUAGUCAAGACUGAACAAGAUCGUGAGCAAGCUAUGGAUCCUGGCAGUUUAGAGUUUGCAUCCUCAGAACCAAGAAUACAACUAUAUUUCUUGCUUGGAUUUGUAUAUUAUGUUAUCACCCCAAUUUUUCUUCCAUUCCUACUCAUCUUCUUCGGCCUGUCAUAUGUUGUGUUCCGCCAUCAGAUCAUAAAUGUAUACACUCAAGAAUAUGAAAGUGCUGCUGCAUUCUGGCCAGAUGUCAUUAGACGGGUGAUUAUUGCAAUGAUAAUCUCACAACUUUUGCUUAUGGGCUUGAUGAGUACUAAACAUGGUUCUCUUACUGUUCCUAUACUUGUUCUUCCUUUGUUGACAAUAUGGUUUCACAUAUACUGCAAGAGUCGAUUCGAACCAGCAUUUAUCAAGUUUCCCCUGCAGGAUGCAAUGGUAAAGGACACGCUAGAACGAGCAACAGAGCCACACCUAAAUUUGAGAGCUUACCUUCAAGAUGCAUAUGUCCACCCGGAUUUUCACAGCGAAGAUGUGGAGCAUCCAAUGAUUAUCGAGGAAGAAAACAAUACGCUUGUCCCGACCAUACGAACCUCCCGAAGGAGUACGCCUGGGGAAAGCAAAUAUAACUCUGAAGUUGGUUCUGAAUGUGAGUACUAAGUCAACUUUGUAUUCUGUCUCCUGAUCCUUAUCAUUGUGAAUGUCUUGUAAGGUCUUGUUGAUACCUCCUCUCUGUGAGCUUCAGGCGUUCUUGUACCCGCCUUACUUAUGGGGUAAGAUAACAACAUUACCAGAUACCUAAGUUUGGAACUCGUUGUUGGAUAUAACAUGCUCAUACUUAACCAGCUUUAGGAAAUGCUAAUAUCUGCUCUA